CAUCCGACUAUGAGCUCUCACUUGACCUCAAAAAUAAGCAGAUCGAAAUGUUAGAGCAGAAGUACGGCGGGCAUUUCAUCUCACGCCGUGCCGCCUGCAAGAUCCAGACAGCCUUCCGCCAGUACCAGCUCAGCAAGAACUUUGAGAAGAUCCGCAACUCCCUCCUGGAGAGCCGGCUGCCUAGGCGGAUUUCCAUGCGCAAAGUCCGAGUCCCCAACACCGAGGGCUUCUCUGCUGAAAGAGCCCUGGCUGAAGGUUGCAACCUGGCAGGCAUACCCCUUGUGCGCUCCCCCUCGCUGCCCGCCACAGUGGGAGGCACCCUGACCGACCUAGAAGAUUCCUUUACAGAGCAAGUCCAGUCACUGGCCAAGUCUAUAGAUGAUGCUCUGAGCAACUGGAGUCUCAAGACAAUGUGCUCUUUGCAGGAAGGAGGUGGAUAUCAAUUUACUUCGGACGCAACUGGUGGAGGAGAAGGUGGCGAAUCGCAAGGUCCUACAGAUCCAAGUGAACUGUCGAGAAGUGCCAGCAAGCUGAUGAUGGCCAUACGAGACGUGACUGUUCAGAUAGACAACCAGAACAUCACGGUUUCAUCAUCUGUGGUGGAGACAUCAGCUUCAGUAAACCUGACUAGCUGCACACAACAACAAGCUACUUCAACACCCAUGCCAGCUUCCACGGCUCAAGAGGAACCACCCCCUCCUCCUCCACCUGAAGUCCUAGUGAAAACUACAGUCCCACCACCUCCACCCCAAGAACCUCCACCCCCUCCCCCGGAAACAGAGAUAGCCGAUAUAGAUGAACAAGAUGUAGAGUUUCCCGCUCCACCUCCCAGCGAAGAAGAGCUGGAACAACCCCCUUUGACACCUCUAGAUAAAAUCCCUCCAGUGGAAGACAUAGUAAUCCCUGCUCCACCUCCACCACCCCCCGUACAACCACUCCAAGCCCCUCCGACUACAGCCACACACCAGCAGCCUGUCCCGGGGCACUCUCCGGUGGUAGAGACUCUGGAGGUGAAGAGGUGUAGCUCGGAGAUGGCAGAUAACAGUUCAGAACAGAUGAGCAGUAGUAGCGCGUCAACAGAGGCGCGAUCCACGUCAGAGGCUUCGUCGAAAGAGGCUCUGCAGGCCAUGAUCCUGAGCCUCCCCCGGUACCACUGUGAAAACCCGGCCAGCUGCAAGUCGCCCACGCUGUCCACUGACGUCAUGAGGAAGCGCCUGUACCGCAUCGGGCUCAACCUCUUCAACGUGAACCCGGACAAAGGCCUGCAGUUCCUAAUUUCCAGAGGCUUCAUCCCGGACACUCCCAUCGGUGUGGCCCACUUCCUGCUGCAGAGGAAGGGCCUGAGCCGCCAGAUGAUCGGAGAGUUCCUGGGAAACAGCAAGAAGCCGUUCAACAGAGAUGUGCUUGACUGUGUCGUGGAUGAGAUGGACUUCUCUGGCAUGGAGUUAGACGAAGCACUGAGGAAGUUUCAGGCUCACAUUCGAGUUCAAGGAGAAGCUCAGAAGGUGGAGCGGCUAAUUGAGGCUUUCAGCCAGCGGUACUGCAUGUGUAACCCAGACAUCGUGCAACAGUUUCACAAUCCAGACACCAUUUUCAUCCUGGCCUUUGCCAUCAUUCUGCUCAACACCGACAUGUACAGCCCCAAUAUCAAACCUGACCGAAAGAUGCUACUGGAGGAUUUCAUACGCAACUUACGAGGUGUGGAUGAUGGGGCGGACAUCCCCAGAGACAUGGUGGUGGGGAUCUAUGAGAGGAUCCAGCAGAGGGAGUUACGCUCCAAUGAGGACCACGUCACCUACGUCUCCAAAGUGGAGCAGUCUAUCGUGGGCAUGAAAACGGUGCUGUCUGUGCCUCACCGCAGACUGGUGUGCUGCAGCCGUCUGUUUGAGGUGACAGAUGUCAGCAAACCCCAGAAACAGGCAGCUCAUCAGAGAGAAGUCUUCCUCUUCAACGAUCUGAUUGUGAUCUUGAAGUUAUGUCCAAAAAAGAAGAGCUCUGCCGCAUACACUUUUUGCAAAGCCAUGGGCCUACUUGGCAUGCAGUUCCAUCUUUUUGAAAAUGAAUAUUACCCCCAUGGCAUCACCAUCCUUUCACCAUUUGGUUCGGACAAGAAGCAGGUUUUUAACUUCUGUGCACAGAGCGCGGAGGAGCUGCUCAAGUUUGUUGAGGAUCUAAAAGAGUCCAUUGCAGAGGUGUCAGAGAUGGAGCAGAUACGCAUUGAGUGGGAACUGGAGAAACAGCAGGGGGCGAAGGCUCACACGGUGAAAAAUGGAACACAACUUGAGCUUCGUGGCAAACAACCCUCUCCAUCAGGGCAGCGGGAGGUAGAUGACAGAAGUGGACACAAUGCGAUGGAGGUGUCAAUUCACAACAGGCUUCAGACGUACCAGCUCAGCAGCAGCACGGCUCGGACUCCCGAGAGCGCGGCCCUUCUUAACCACCAGGGGGAGCUGCUCUUCCAGCAGGGCCUGAGCCACCGACAGCAUCCACAGCUGCAGACUGCGACCAGCACCCCCUGUCACACUGUCCCCCUGCAGCACCAGCCCGCCGUCAGCCUGGUGGACCUGCGGCCCGACGCGCUCAUCCAGUGUCAACAGAUUGUCAAAGUCUUCAUGCUGGACAACAGCGGACAUGGCCGCGUGGAGGCGUUCCUCAGCCAGACCCCCACACACCGCCACUACCAGCACCAGCUCAGCCAGUCCGCCAUGUCUACCCCAGUGCGCUCCCCUGAUGGAGGGCACCAGCCGCCUCUGCCUCCCCCUCCUCCACCCUAUAACCACCCUCACCAGUACAUACCCCCGGAUCCACGCCUCAGUUUGCACCGGACCCCUAGCGGCUCGCGGAGUAUGGUGUAAAUAACCCCUCAAAACACAUGGACUCCUCACUACCUAGAACUAGUGCAUAAUGUACAUAUAUAUACAUACAAAAAGGAAGAGCUAUUAUAAAAAAGAUAAUGUCA